GGCACUCAGGCACGCAUCGAUCGAGAACCAGAGUGAAGAAGAACAACUGCUCUGGAUGUGUUUACGGUGAUGGCGCUCGAUGUUGCAGCCUUUGAAAGCAUUUGUCCUUCUCGAUUCAUCACCUUCACAAUUCCCGAUCCUACUUGUGCUGAUUCACUGCUCCGAGUUGCUGUUCUGGACUCCCCGGUUCCAGCUUCUGAGUCACCCCUUGUUGUUGCAAUGUUCGUCCCUGAAGCCCGCGAAAGUGAUUGGAUCUUCUCUACUGAAUGGGGUCAUCUCCAGCUGCUCUUUAGCUCUCCUGGUGUAUCUCGCCUCAUUUUGCUGGGAAACCAAUUCAAAGAGGGUGAUUCAUCACCAACUAUUUAUCACCGUCCGCUAGAAUCUUCGUCGCAUCGGAAGGAGCUUGAAGCAUGCUCAAAACCUCUUCUACUUGCCUUGUCUCCCAAAUACUUGUUUAAAAACGGCAUUCCGGAGGUACCUAUUUUGAGUUAUGAAGAUAAUUUGGUUUCUAGUGUGGUAAUACAUAAAUGUGCGGGUUGUGUUGUUGGUGAAAUGUUGGUUGAAGAUGUUGAAAUUGAAAGCGAGAAUAGGUUGGGUGGUUGUUAUAAACGGGAAUUUCGGAGGCGUUUGAGGUUCAAGAGGAUGCCUAAUUUGAUUCAGACUGAAAUUCUUAUUGUUCCUGAUGCAAAAGAUUUUCAUUCGACAGGUGUAAGGAUUGGAGGGGUAAAGUUUGUGCCUGAUCUUCGGGUUUUGGUACACCCUUACUUGGCUCCAACGGUGGCAAGCCUAUCUUUGAUCAGUGAAUAUAUAGAAGGACGAAUUCAGCUUGGGUUUAGACCAAAAGCUUUAUGUCUUGGGGUUGGAGGUGGGGCUUUACAUUCUUUCUUGAGAAACCAAUUGGACUUUGAGGUCACGGGUGUGGAUGCUGAUAAGGAAGUUUUGAAGGUUGCAAAACGGUAUUUUGGAUUAGAAGAUAGCGAGUUUAUGCAUGUUGUUGUUGGAGACGCCAUUAAAUUUGUGAAGAAACUUUCACAUCAGGCGAAUUGGCAUCCUAUGUGCUCUUCUGCCACUUGUGAGCAACAUGGUCAUUGUCAUUUUCCUGAUGGUGAAGAUGUCAACAAUAAAUUCGAUGUCAUCAUGGUUGAUCUAGAUUCAAGUGAUGUAAGGAGUGGUAUAAGUGCCCCGCCAGUGGAAUUUCUUAGGAAGAAUGUUCUUCUGGCAGCCAAAUCAGUUCUCUCUGAACUUGGAAUUCUUUCUAUAAAUGUUAUUUCUCCUAGUAGGUCCUUCUAUUGCCAACUGGUACAUCAUUUUCAGGAACAUUUUGCAGAACUGUAUAAGAUAGAUGUGGGAAAUGGUGAAAAUUUUGUAAUUAUUGCAUCAGUAUCACCCCAUGUGUUUUCUGUUGGGGACUGCAAUAACUCUUUUCUUAUGAGACUGAAAUCAGUUAUCCCAGAAGCUUACAUAAAUUCCAUAACAAAGAUAUCUGAUUAAUUCCAACUCGGCUAGCCAAAUGCAUUUUCAGGAUUUCAAUUGGACUCUCUUUCUUCUCUAGAAGACUGAUGAUUGAUUGAAGGUGUGUUUACACUUUUAUGAAAUGAUACAAUUCCAAGAUUCCUUCUUCGUGCCUAUUUUCUCCUCCAGUGAGAUCCACCUUAAAAGAGUUGAGCGAAUACUGGAAUGAAGGAUCAUUUCCUUGAAAAAGCAGCUUUGCCUCUUUGUAGAGAUCUAGUUGCUUUGAUGAGGUAUUCACAUCGUCUUAGACUGUGAACUUCAGCUGAUUGGAUAAUUGUACCCUAUAGAUUUAACAUUGAAAAAGCUGCUCAGAUGAUCAUGUUUAAAUUUUGACAUUGAAGAUAAUUGAUAAUUCUCAAGAUGCUUGAGAUCUUACUGAUGGAAGAGAUGCACUAUGAUGAAUUGGAAACAAAGACACCAACGUAGCCAAACCCUGCAAUA